AUGCUUUCAAAAAAAUAUAGGACCCUUGUGGAUAGAUUAUCUAAUCUGGUACAUGGGACAAGAACAUGUAGAUGCUUGAUCAGCAAUGUGAUUGUAAAAAACCAAAGAAGUAAGCCAAAGAACAUUGAUAAUGUGAGUAGAAAUAAUAGAAGGAAGAGUAAUAAAUGUGAAGAGAAAAAGAGAAUAAUAAGCAAACAUGACAAUGUUAAAACAGAGUGUUAUAGGGAUUACCACAAAGUGAAGGAAGAAGAAAAAGGUAAAAGGACAAUAACGAAACUAUGUGAAUUGUUAAAUGAUAAUUUAAAGAACGAAAAAUAUGACAAAUAUGAAAAGAAUUUAAAUUAUGGAUUAUCUAUUGCAGCAAAUCCGAUAGAAUUAUCCCAAUUAAUUAAUGUAAUUUGUAAAGGAAAAUAUUACAAGAAGGAGAUUAUUAAUAUAUAUUCCAAGCUGAUUGAUAAAAUUUCGAGAAUAUUUGAAAAUAUCCCAGUUAGGAGUAUAAGUCUAAUUUUGAAUAGUAUGCUAAAGACAGAUAAGUAUAACGAGAAUUUUUUGCUUUUAUUUUUUAAAAAUAUUGACCACAUUUUGGAUCAAAGUAAUGCUAUAGAUCUGUCCAUUUUGUAUCAUUUUUACGUGAAUGCAUUUGAUCGGAUAGGUCAGUCAGAUCAGUCCGAUCAGUUAUCUACACUUCCCUCGCACGGCACGCAGAAUGGAAUCAUACUAAAUUCAUUUUUGAGAAAACUGUACGACACUGUGCCGUUUAUGCAGAUCCAUGGAAUAUCAUCUGUACUAAGAUCUAACAAGAAGUUGGUAAUGCAAUUGACGAUGACGAAGGUUUCGGAUGGAAAAGAACUAUUUCAAGGAAAUUCCAAUGAGGGUAUUGGAUUUGCUGAGGUGAAAGGUGUUGAAGGAUCUAAGGAUGCACAUCUGGUUCACCAGUGGAUGAAGCAGCUACGUGGGGACAGCACAGAGAGAGAAAUAAACCGAUAUAGUGAACAUCUCAAUGAAAAAAAUUUAGGACUAAUUGCACAAAUUAACACACUUUUGAAUAAUACCUUUUACAUAAAAAUAAUGCAAGCGAAUACACAGCAACUGUGUAACAUAUUGGAGGAUUUAGAAUAUUUCGACUUAAUUGAUAAUAAUUGUUAUUAUGAUGUUUUGCACAAUUUAAAAAAUUCAAAAAAUUUGAAUCAGCUGAAAGAUAUCGAUUUUGUAAAUAUUUUAAAUACUAUAAAAAGAAGAAAUAUAAAAUAUAAUAAUUUAUUCCCCCUUUGUUAUUUUUCUUUUUUAUUUGAUUCGUUGAAAACAGAGGAUUUGUCUCGUUUUGAAUAUAACCAUUUAGGAGAGCUAGCUAAAAUUUUAUAUUACUUUAAAAAAAUGUAUCAUAUCAAUUUUUGUAUGAACAAAAUAGAAGUGUUUUUAGACAAAAGAGACACCAGCUUGAUAGAUUCACUUUCGACUAAAAUUUACUUGUUUUAUGAGCUUUGUGCGAUUAAUAAGAGUACAGAAGUGGCAAGUUCAUUGAGAGGAAAAUUAUUUAUCUCUAUAAUGCAACUUUUAUUUAAGGAAAAACAGAAAAGUGAAAUCCGAUAUAAUGGAGGAGGGAAUAAUUUUCCGGGAGUUGGUCCGGGAUCACAUGCAUUGAGAACCUGUACUUCUAGAAGUGGUAGCAGAAAUAGGAGUAAUAACAAGCUACCAAUGGACGAAUCUCUCCUUUUAAUCAAAUCUGUUGAGAGACUAAUAGAAAGGAAGGAGGAAUGCUCAAGGGUGUGGGGUGAUGCGGAUUAUAUAAAAAGAAGAGAUUUCUUUUUACUUAAUUGCGAUGAAAACGAUUGUCCUGAAUUUGAAAAUCUGGAUAAGUACAUCCAAAUUAUUUUACACAAGAUUUUGCUAUUGGGAAAAGUGAGAUAUGAGAACUUUUUCGUUUUUUUGCAUCUUAUAAAGAUUUGCUUAAUAUGUUCAUUGCACUUUUCUAUUAAGGAUAUUUUGCUACUUUUGAGAGGUUUUAAUCGUUGUAUUUAUUUCAUUACAAAGGAAAAUUAUAUUCUUUUUGAGAAUACAUUAAACUAUUUAAGCGCUUUAACCAUAUUACAAUACUCCCUGUCUUUGAGGAGGAAGGAUUCGAAUUGUUACAAGAAUUAUAUGAUCAACUUUUUGAACCGAUCGAGGGUUUUUUUCAAGUGUAAAAAUGGUGUAAGAUUUUCAAACGAGGUAGAUAUGGGUAAAACAUGGUUGAAGGGGCUGAAUGGGUCUAGUGAGAUGAAGGGGCCGAAUGGGUUGAAUCAGCUUAGUGAGAUGAAAGAACCUAAUGGGCUUCGUGAGAUUUAUCAGCAGAUAGAGCGAGUGAUGGAGGUUAACUGGGCGUACUUGAAUGAGUUAAGUUCAGUGGAAGCGUCGAGUGUCCGAAGUAACGAAUGGCUAGUUAAUACACACAUGGAUGAUGAUUGUGAAGAGAAACGUAUGAACAUUUCAAACUUUAAGCGGACAAGAAUAAGCGCAAUAGAAUGUUGUAAUUUAUUAUUUUACUUGGAAAAGUUAAACUAUAUGAACAAAGGACUAAUUGAAAUAAUUUUAUCAAAUAUAUAUGAAAAUAUAUAUUCAUUAAAAAAUGAGCAUAUACUUAAAAUGGUAAGUGGACUUAGUAUAAUUAGAAACAUUGACAGAGAAUUUAGUUGCUUCAAUUCUGUUUUUAAAAAGGUUUUAUUUAAAUUCAUGUUAUCUCAUAAACUGAGUGCAAAAAAUGAUGAACAGAAGAUGGAAGAGACGAUUAAGUUGCUUUACCUAAUCAGUAAGUUACAAAUACAACAUAAAAGCAGGAACCUUUUCGUAAGAAAAUAUAUAUUACUCUCUUUGGAGAGCAAAAUUGGGAUGUAUAAACUAGGGGAAAAUCAUAUGCAGUUAUUGUUUAAGACUUUUAAAAAUAUGUAUCCUUAUCGUUAUGCAACAUUGGUAGAGUGCUGCUUGAAGGAGAUUUCCCAGAUGUUGAAAAAUAAAGAAACAGAAAAAAUGGAGGAAAUGCAAAAACUUUUACCACUAUCAUUUCUGAAGAUGUAUUUCACUGUGAUACCAAUUUUAAUAAACCCGGUUACAAACAUUCACUGCAGCAUGAACGAUAUGUACAUACAGACAAGCCAAGUGAUGUUCGACAUGGUAUAUGAGCAGAUAAAAUUUGAGGAUACUUUAAAAAAGGAGUUCAUUCCUGUUAUAAUAAAUUUCGUGAAUUUAUCAUUUCGAUUUAUUCCCUUUAAGAAUAAGUAUCCCAAUUUAAUUUUGGACAUUUUCAAAAUGAAAGAAUUGCUGUCUGAUAAUCAAUUUUGUCUCUUUUUACUGAACGUGAAAUUUUUUGCUACUAACUUUGGUGCAUCGAACAGUUGCAGUGUUGUUAGCAUGUGGGAUGUGGGAGGCGAAGUGGAGGAAACAGCUGAAGUGGAGGAAGCAGCUGAAGUGAAGGAAGCAGCUGAAGUGAAGGAAGCAGCUGAAGUGGAGGAAAAAGUUGAAUCUCUGAUUCGUAAAGCAUGCAAAUAUGUAGAAUACCAUACCGAGGACAUGCAACAUAUGGUGGAUAAGGACCCAAGGGGAAGGGGAAAAAAAAAAGAAAAAAAAAUUUCAGCGAAGGAAGUAUCGUCGCAUGAUUUCAGUUUUAACAAAAAAAAAUUAGUCCUUUUGGACACAGAUGAUGAUAAUGAAAUGGAGAUAAUUUCGAGGGAAUACAACCAGAUAGAUGUAGACAGUGUAUAUACAAGAAGAGAUCAAAUUGGGAAGAAAAAAGUGUUAUACCUCGGUUCUGAGGGUGAAGGUGGUAAUCACGAUACAAUAAGUUGUUAUGACGAAUCAGAUGUGCGAUCUGAGGAAUGUAACAAGCGAAGCAAAAGCGCCUUGUUCGAAUUCGAAAUUAUUUUGAAAAAAUAUGGUUUCUGUCAAAACAGCGAGAAGAGCCAAAUUGAAAUUUCAAAAAAUGUUAAAAUACUCACAUUUGAUAUUAAAUAUAUGGACUUGAAAAAAAGAAUUAUAUUUGAAUUUUUAGAGGAACAAGCAUAUUUUAAAGAACCUGAUGAUGUAUCAAUCGAGAUAUUGCCCUUUGUGUAUCUUCGUUUAUUUUUUUUAAAAAAAUUAAAGUAUAACAUAAUGAUUAUGCCGUUUUAUGAAUGGCAUAAAUGCAAUGGGCGUCUUGAAAAGGUAAAUGUUAUAUUUCAGAAGCUCUUAAAUCUUACGACUGAAGACGAUCGUUCAUAUUUGCAUGAAAUGGGUAAGUCUCGUAUUUUUUCAACCAUUGGUCUUUACGAAUUAGAAGAAAGAACAAUGAGGAGGGAGUUUAAUUAG